AUGCUAUUACCGUUCUACUCGAACUUCCUCGUUUUAGUACACCCCAGUGAAUCGUACGCCCUCGAGUACCGUGUGCUGGCCAGGCCGGAUGCAUUUGGAUUUUUAAUGUGUGAAGUAGUUUGUAUUCACCCGUCAUUCAGCUUAAAAAGGCAGGGCAAUGCUUAUAGGAUCAAAUGGAAUUACUGGUCAAGGAACAUUCUCAUCAUCCAUAAAAUGAAUACUCCUUCUGUCGUCACUGGCCUAAAAGCCAUCGUCUACUUUCUUCUCAAGUACUUCAACGCGUUUAUAUUUUUGGAAAAACCCAGUAUUGAAGUUCUACAGGCAGAUGAGGAAUUCCGGCCAAUUUUGGACGCUCACUUUCGGCAUGAUAGGCCCCUCUCUUCCGGUGACCGUAAAGGAUCAGUGACCGCUCUGGAGCAUGUAGAUCUACCCCCUGAAAUAACCGAUGCUGGUAAACGUCCUGAGCAAUUCUGGCAGGCUGACACCCAAAUGGUCAAUUCUGAAAGCGCGAUUGUGGUGUUUGACAGUCAAAUGAUCAACGAACCCAGUCUCACGGAUAUGGUCAUUUGCAUGGGUGGUGAUGGCACUCUUCUUCAUGUGGCAUCCCUCUUCCAGGAUACGGUUCCGCCCAUCAUCUCUUUCUACAUGGGUAGUCUGGGCUUCCUCACCCCCUUCAACUUCGCUGAUUUUCCGCAUGUUCUCGAACAAAUUUACAACGAGGGCGGUCCCUGCAUUCUUCGCUCUCGACUCUGUUGUCAGAUGAUACGUGGGAAGAACUCGGAACUGUCUUCUCCCCCAUCCAUAGAGCUGGACUCGGUUGGAAGUCAAACUGGUGCGGAUUUCUUCCAUAUACUUAACGAAGCAACCUUCACUCGCGGAAACUGUCCUUACCUCACAAUCCUAGCUCUCAGCGUUGAUGGCAAAGAGGUCACUCGAUUCCGAGGUGAUGGCUUGAUAAUCUCCACACCCACGGGGAGCACAGCGUACUCCAUGUCGGCAGGCGCGUCGAUACUGAAUCCUGCGGUGCCAGCCAUUCUCGUGACGCCAAUCAACGCGCACUCUUUGAGCUGCCGUCCUCUGGUGCUCCCCUUCUCUACCCGCCUCGAGGUUUCCAUUGCUCCCGACGCACGCUGCGAUUCCGUCCACCUCUCUAACGACGGACGCCUCCGACACCACCACAUUAUUCACAAGGACGAUCGCGUUGUCUUCACCGCCUCCCACUACCCUGUCCCAUGCUUUGGCAGUGAAAAUCAGGUGGCCGACUGGUUCAAGGAUCUGGCGCUCUGCCUGCACUGGAACGCGCGACAACGGCAAAACGAGUUCAACGAGGCUGAUUUUAUGCCUGGGCGUUUCCACGAAUAUAGCUGA